GACAACCAGGGCAGAAUGUAUAACGACGACUAUCACCGGGGACGUCAUGACCAGGCCAGAGACAACGACUAUGCGACCACAUAUCGCGACAGGAGAUACUCGUCGCGAUCGCCGCCUGGGCAUCACUACAGCAGGAGUCGUUCUCGCAGUCCCGCUAGGGAGGGCGGUCGAUUAGGAGAUGCUGGGCUGCCUAGUGAUACUGUGAUCUUCGAAGGGCUGCCCCGCAGAGGCGAGCUGCGAGAGAGCGUUGCGCAGGCUUGCGAGGACUAUUCCGUCCUCGAUAUCCGGUUAGCGUAUGCCAAAGGAAAACGUCGGGCGUUCAUCCAGUUCGAGGACGUUGAUCAUGCAACCGCCUUCGUCGACGAUCAUUUCCCAAAGGUUCUCAUCACCCUGCCUCAUGCGACUGAUGAGGUCCCCGAUGGCAAGUGCAGUGCCUUCAUUCACUUUGCUCAUCCCAAAGCGGAUGGAGAUACGCGCGCCGGCGGCCAAUGGGUAUGCCAACCUUGCGGCUUCGACAAUUACUCUUCUCGCACAAAGUGCAAACGCUGUGGCUCGUCGCCUCUAUCCUCUGCGAUGCAAGUCAGCUUGAUCCCCGCUGCUGACGCCGGCGAUGCACCAACCCAGAUCUUGGUAGUGUAUCCUCUGAUGGCCUACGUCACCGAGGAAAUGUUCGCCGCGGACAUGAAGCGUCUGGAGCUUGAGAAACCUGAUCCAGCCAGCCAGAAGCUGGCGCCAGGCUCAAAGCUUCAGUCAACCGCUCCAGCCGAUCGCGCUGCCCGGACAGGCGCACGUCCAGGGUCGCUCCACCGUGUCUUUCUGAUGCGCGAUUCCAUUACGGACGAGUCGGUCAAAUACGGCUUUGCUGAGUUUUGGACUCUGCAGGAUGCCGUUGAUGCCAUGGCCAAGAUCAAGCUGCUGCCAUCCUUCAGCGUGGCCGCCUCUCCCGUCACCGUGGCUCAUAUCCAUCUCGGGGUCUUUGUUCCAGAGGAACGCGCGAUCACGCCCGAGAUGGAGAAAUUCUCCUUCAACCCAUUGUUCAACCCGACUCUCCGCGUCCGAUAUCGCGAUCUGCGAGUCUAUCCUAACCAGAAGGUCCUGGCGCCUGAGCCUCCGGGAAGUGCCAGCGCAGGCGGAGAGCAAAAGGGCAGCGAUCAGGGCGGCAACAACAACAAGAAACAGAAGAAGAGAAAGGCAGACGAUCCCUUGCCUGCUGCUGCGAAAAAGGCAGUUCCUGCAAUGGCUGGCCACAUGGCCCUGUGGCAGAAGAAGCACGAAGAGAUUCACACCAAUGAGUCGGGCGCGACAGCUGCUAAGCAGCUGCCAGCUAAAGAUUCAAAGGCGAAGGAAGCGCCCAUCAAGUUUGCGUUUCCCGGGGCAUCUGCGCAUGCCUCAGGCUCUCAAGCAAACUCAACAUCACCUCCAUCUCAAUCAGCUAAGCCAGCGCAACCAACGAAACCAGCACCCCCUGCGCCCUCUUCUGCACCUCCACCACCACCCCCUCCAGAGAAGCAAAACGGCGACACGAUGCCUGCAGCCGAGCCUGACAGGCAACCGAAAGACGAGAAGCCAAUCACUCCAUAUGCCGACCGAGAAAAGCUGCAAUGCCUUCUUUGCAUGCGCAAGUUCACGUCCCUUGACGAGCUAGGUCGUCAUGAAAACUCGCGACUUCAUAGGGAGACGCUUCAAGAUGAGCAGUCCGUCAAGAGCGCGCUCCAGAGAUUAAGCAAACGAGGCAUCCCCCUGCCGACACAACCCGGAGGCGGUGACGACGCCUCCAACGCCGCGGCACCUCAAUAUCGCGACAGAGCCAAGGAACGCCGCGAGCAGUGGAACCAGCCAAAGAAGCCACUCCCCAGCGCCGCAGACAAGAGCGCUCCGGGGCCUCAGAAGAAGGACCAGGCCAAGCCCCCAGCGCAAGAAAAAGCCCCGGCGCCGUCAAAGGGCGCAGGCAUGCUCGCCAAGAUGGGCUGGACGUCUGGCAGCGGCCUGGGAGCGAAUGCCGAGGGGCGCACCGAGAGCAUCGUCACCCACGUGUACCGGCAGGGCGUAGGGUUGGGCGCUGAAGGCGCAGACUUGGGCAACGCGCAGGCGCUGGGCGAGAGCAGGACGGUCAACAGCCGCAAGGACUAUGUCGAUGCCGUCAACGAGCGGGCGAGGGAGCGCUUUUUGAAGGAGUUUGGAGACAAGAAGGACGGCCAGCAGAAUGGGGAGGACAAGGACAAGAACAAUGAUUCGAGGGGGGCGUGAGGUUGCUCGGUCGGCGGUGAUUUGACACUAGAGGCGGAUGUGCUUGCUGCAACGUGCAGCGCGGCGUUGAGGAGACUCGAACAAAGACAUCUUUGCGACCUCGUCCACGGCGGCUGUCGCUUUUCUUCCAAGGAUCUGUCUGCAUCUCAGACUAUCUGGAGAGUCUAUGCCAAAACGCGAAAUAGCAGCUGCUAUCUAUACUUCU